AUGAAGAAGACUGUGAGUUACAAGGAGGAGUUACUGAAGGUCACAAUGGAUGAAGCAGUGAAGAACAUCACGGGGCUGGAUAAGGAGAAAUAUGAGAUGAAGAAGACCAUCACUCAGCUGGAGAAGGAGAAGUCUGACCUGACAGACCAAUUAAAGACAUUGAGAGAGACAGUGGAGGGACUGGGGAACCAGCUCCUCGAAUCUAACAGAGAGUGUGAUGAGUUAAUGAGCGAGCGAGAGACUCACAACAUCCUCCAAGCAGAGAAAGAUGAGAUGAAGAAGACCAUCACUCAGAUGGAGGAGGAGAAAGAUGAGAUGAAGAUGACUCUGAGUCAGAAGGAGGAGAUGGUGAAGGUCACCAUGGCUGAAGCAGAGGAGAACUGGCACAAGGAUGUGGAGACCAUCCUUCAGCUGGAGAAGGAGAAGUCUGACCUGACUGACCAGUUAAAAACACUGAGAGAGACAGUGGAGGAACUGAGGAACCAGCUCACUGAGACACAUGUGCAGUGUGAUGAGCUCACGGAUGAGUGUGAGAGAGAGCGAGAGGCUCACAACAUCCUCCAGUCCAAAUAUGAUGAGAUGAUUAAGACUCAGGAGAUACUGAAGGACGCUCUGGUUGAAGUUAGGGCUAAAUACCAGAAAUAUAAGGAGCCCAUCACUGCUCUGGAGAAGGCAUUUCGUCUCCUGAAACUGUGA